UUCGCCAACUAUAGACGAUCCUGUGUGCGUGUGUGAGUGUUGCUGUGAACGAGAGUCCUUUCUGCUGCUGCGAACACAUCCCGUACCAAUCAAACCACUGGUCAAAUAUCCUGACCACAUCCUUCAAAAGCCUGCGCGCCCGGUGCAUUCUUACUACCCGCGAAGCUGCGCGAUCAAAGUUCAAACCUUUGGUAAACGAUUAGUAGAACGGAGUUUAGGAGGACCAGGUUUCCCUCUCCGCUUACCAGGGGGUCACGUGUGUGUGAUAAGGAGUAUCCGGAGGUGCAUGCCAUUCGUUCGCUAGCGUAUUUGUACAACACAACAACAAGCCGCAAUCGUUUUAGUUCCACAAAGUGACUGAGUGUUCGCAUAUGCGUGCGUGGGUGUGUUGGUGCAUCUAGGUUUUUUGUUAUUUGUUGCUCGUGGUUUUGUUACACUAUUUUGUUGAAUUUUUGAAGUUAACAUCAAAGCUGUUUGUUGAAUUAGCGCACCGGUUGAACGUUCGGGGAUGUUUGUUGCCUAGCAAAACGGAGUAGCAAAAGGUAUAGUUUUGUUUUGGUUCGUUACGAUUGGUCGGACCGAUUUAGUUAUCCACGUUCGCGACGCCGCGCGCUCAUGUGCUUCCCAUUGCUGCGGUCAGUUCUUUUGUUGUUAGUGUGAGAAAUAAUUCUUGCUUGACGAGAAUUUAAAACGCGCCUGCACUGACGGCCGGAAACACACUUGCACGCUGCAUUGCGUGAGUGUUACGUGCUUUGGAAAGGACCGCCUAAAAAAACCCCCUGCUAAGAAAUCGCAGAAACGGACAGACUAAACCGAAACACGGGAUGGCUUACACCGGGCUGAUUCUGGCCGUGCUGACCAUCAUACUGUCGGUCGUGUGCUACUUUAAGAUACUGUACGAAUGGCACCGGAAAGUGCGCAUUCAGACCGUACGGCCGUCCCGACUGCAGAAGCUGGCCACGGCCACCACCACCCUCCCACAGCAAUCAACCACCGAGCUAAUGACGUUCCCGCAGGCUCCAGGCCCAGUGCCGUGGCCCAUCCUCGGCAGCCUUGCAUUUCUCGGCCAGUACGACGUGCCGUUCGAGGGCUUUACUGCCCUGGCGAAGAAGUACGGAGACCUGUACAGUAUCACGCUCGGGUCUACCCGCUGCCUGGUGGUCAACAACCUCGACCUGAUCCGGGAGGUGCUCAACCAGAACGGACGCUACUUCGGCGGCCGACCAGACUUUCUGCGCUUCCACAAGCUGUUUGGCGGCGAUCGGAAUAACUCGCUCGCACUGUGUGACUGGUCGACCCUGCAGCAGAAGCGACGCAACCUGGCCCGGAAGCACUGUUCGCCAAGUGACGCCUCCAGCUACUACCAGAAGAUGAGCGACGUGGGCGUGAUGGAGAUGCACCGCUUCAUGGAUCAGCUGGACGAAGUGGUGUGCCCGGGCAAGGACUUCAAGGUUAAACCGCUGAUUAUGCAGGCGUGUGCGAAUAUGUUUAGUGAGUACAUGUGCUCUGUCAGGUUCGACUACAACGACCAUGGAUUUAUGACCAUCGUGCGAAAUUUUGACGAGAUCUUCUGGGAGAUCAACCAGGGAUACGCGGUGGAUUUUUUGCCCUGGCUCGCUCCGUUCUAUCACAAACACAUGAGCAAGCUGACACGCUGGUCGGCCGAGAUCCGGGACUUCAUACUUGAACGGAUUGUGAACGAGCGGGAGCAGACGCUAGGGGAUGACGACACCGAGCGAGACUUUGCUGAUGCGCUGCUGAAAAGCUUACGGCUCGAUCCGUCGGUAACGCGAGACACCAUCAUGUACAUGCUGGAGGACUUCCUGGGUGGGCAUUCAGCGAUCGGCAAUCUGGUAAUGCUUGCGCUCGGGUACAUCGCAAAGCAUCCGGAAGUGGGUCACCGGAUCCAGCGUGAGAUCGAUCGCAUCACCGAGCGGGGCAAGCGAAACGUUACGCUGUAUGAUACCGAGAGUAUGCCGUACACGGUCGCGACCAUUUUCGAGGUGCUACGCUACUCUUCCUCGCCAAUCGUGCCGCACGUCGCGACAGAGGACACGUGCAUAGCCGGAUACGGUGUAACCAAAGGGACGGUCGUGUUCAUCAAUAACUACGAGCUGAACACAAGCGAGCGGUACUGGAGCGAGCCGAAGCGCUUCAACCCCAGCCGGUUCAUCGAGACGGCGACACUCGCUCAGAUUCGGACGGAUCUACGCGAUUCGCCGACCGCCAAGCAGGACCUGACCAACAUCAUCAAAACAAACGGUGUGAGUAGCGAGAAUGAACGCACGCUUCAGAUCGAAAGAGUGCGCAAGAACAUCCCACAUUUUCUGCCGUUUAGUAUCGGUAAACGGACCUGCAUCGGGCAAAAUCUGGUGCGCGGUUUCAGCUUCAUCAUCAUCGCCAACAUCUUGCAGAAAUACGACGUGCACUCGAACGACCUCAGCCUGAUCAAGAUGUACCCGGCUUGUGUUGCCGUGCCGCCCGACACCUACCCGCUUGCCUUCACACAGCGCUCGACGGUGGCUGCCUAGACUAGCCCAGUAGUAGCAGUUAGUAAUAAUCGUACUAGUAGUUGUUAGUAGUAGUAGUAACAGCAACAGCAGCAGCAGCAGAACGUCCGACAACUGUUCAUGCUGUCACGACGCGAGACACUGUACAUAGUUUCAAUGCCAACUACCGGGACUAGUGGAACACGCUUCAAUUCCGCGCACCCGUAAACAGCUAAGCUAACUUAUUUCACCAGGAUGCAGAUACUGCGCGAAAAAGGCACCCCGCUUCCUUCUCGCUACACGUUACACGAAACAACCCUAAAGCAAAAGGAUUGGGCCCCAUCUCCACUUGUUUGCAGCACCAGGUGCACCAGAAGAGUUUUAUUAAGCUUCUCUUUCACCUACACAUCGCUCGGCGCCCAUCCUUCAGUCAGUUGGUAUACUACUUGCCCGACAAAACACAUCGUUUCGUCCUUUGGAAGGAGGACACAUGUCCUAGGCGGAAAUGUUCCCCUUUUGGUUGCUCGUAUAUCCCCUCCAAAUAGCACCAGAAUUUUGUAACCUUCUGAUUCGCAACUGCAGCUGUGCGUGUAUCUGUCGAUGAGCGGCGCUUAAACAUGGCGACUUAUUGUAUUGCGUAUGCAAGUACAAUGAACGUAUUUGAUACAACUGAUAUAAAUUAAAUAAGAGCUAAGACUGAUUUUUUUCAUCUUUACCCUGUGAGACAGAUCUAGACGAAUUAUAUCAAAAUCCUAACGAAUGCAAAACAAAAACACAGUGGAGCAAAGUGUAAUGGGUUUAUCAUACCUGUUCAAUGGACGGAUCUCCUUCGCUCUAAGAAAUCUUUAAUUUUUAUAAAAAAUAAUACCUUUGACUCUCAACUCGGCGUACAAGCCAUCCACCCCCUGUACUGUUCCCCUUAUGUUAAGCAAACGCAUAUAUAUAGUUUGCCCUUCCCCUCCCUAUUUCGUCAUAUUUUCUUUCUGUCCUGCCCACCCGUGUGAAAAGGAGCAAAGCAUAGCUAUGUUAGAUGGAUUUUUUCUUCAGGGAUUUACUGUGAGCCGUGAUUAUUUAUGAAACGAAAAACGAUAAAAUAGAUCGCAUUGACUUUGUUAUUUCGCAGACGAUCGAACGUAACCCGAUAAUACGGUACACUGGCUCCUAAGUAUUGUAUUAUAGAGAAAAUAAAACAUAUUGCAUAACGAUAAA